CGCAUGCGUUCAGCUGACAAAGGGCUCCGGGGGCUUGGCGGGCAGCAGCUUGUUUUGAUUAUACAAGGACACACAGACACACACAGUUCGAGUCAAGAUGGAUUUGGUCAAUGGAAGAUACCAGUGAGUCGGUUGCUGGUUUAAACUUUCAGCAGCCCAAAAGGGGUGAGUUGGGAUCGAUCCUGAGUAUUGAUAAAUGACUCUCACAAGUGUUCAGCAACUGGAACAAGUUUGCAGGAAGAGAAGAGAGGAGAGGUUAGAAAUGACAAAGAAUUUGUGUAUGAGAAUUUCAAAUACAACGACGCGUCAGUUUUGCUGUCUCUGUCCAGAUAUUUAAGGAUUAACCAGAUAUUUCUUCAGAGGUCCUCCGUUGGCCUGGGUCCACCGUAGAUGUUGCAACCCAGCUGUCACACGAUACACAAGCCGGGGCAGUUCGAUAUGGAGAGCAGGCUGUUGCCGAUGUAGCAGGCUCCCCUUCUCCACAGAGCCGAUGAACCCAAAGGAACGACGGAGAGCGAUACAGUUUGGCAGUGGAUGCGUCACAGGAGUUGCCAGUCACCAUUGAACUCCAACUAGUACUGCCUGAGGAACUCCAGCUCCAGAUUUUUCCUCGUGGUUUAUUUCUGAAGCCUUCCCCGUGGAAGGAGGUGGACGUUUUGAGACCAGUUUUCUUUCUCGAUGAGUUUCCAACCACAGUUUGACGAGCCCCAUCUGCCCAUAGAGACGGGUUUUAAGGAGCCAGUAACUUGCCUUUGUCCCUUCUGCUGUCAGUAGAAACAGCUCCACUCUCUACGUCUGAAAUCUGACAUGAUGAAUUGCCAGAGAAUUAAUAACAAGGAGACAUAAUUCAGCUUCUGUCAGUGUGGGAAGAGAUUCACUCACUCUGCCGACCUGCAGACACACCAAUAAAUUCAUAAGGGAGAGAAACCAUUCAACUGUUCUGUGUGUGGGAAAAGAUUCACUCGACCACCUGAUUGGCUGACACACCAGCAAUUUCACACUCAGGAGAAGCCAUUCAUCUCCUCCGAAUCCAGGAAGGAGUUCACUCAGUCAUCCUACUUACAGACACACCAGUCAGUUCACAGUGGGGAGAUACCAUUGACCUGCUCAGACUGUGGGAAAGGAUUCACUCACUCAUUCCACCUACAGACACACCAGUCGGUUCACACUAGGGAGAUGCCGUUUAUCUGCUCAGACUGUGGGAAGGAAUUUCCUCAGCCAUCUCAACUGAAGGUACAUCAGCGAGUUCACACUGGGGAGAGGCCAUUCAUUUGCUCUAAAUGUGGAAAGGGAUUCACUCAGUCAUCCCACCUACAGACACACCAGUCGGUUCACACUAGGGAGAUACCGUUUAUCUGCUCAGACUGUGGGAAGGGAUUUUCUCGGUCAUCUCAACUGAAGGUACAUCAGCGAGUUCACACUGGGGAGAGGCCAUUCACUUGCUCUGAAUGUGGGAGGGGAUUCACUCAGUCAUCCCACCUACAGACACACCAGCGAGUUCAUGCAGGGGAGAGGCCGUUCACCUGUUCUGUGUGUGGGAAGAGAUUCACUCAGUCAUCCCACCUACAAACACAUCAGUCAGUUCACACUGGGGAGAAACCAUUCACAUGCUCAGACUGUGGGAAGGGAUUUUCUCGGUCAUCUCAACUGAAACUACAUCAGCGAGUUCACACUGGGGAGAAGCCAUUCACCUGCUCAGACUGUGGGAAGGGAUUCACUCAGUCAUCCCACCUACAAAUACAUCAGCGAGUUCACACUGGAGAGAGGCCUUUUACUUGUUCAGAAUGUGGGAAGGGAUUCACUCAGCUGUGCAAUCUCCAUGCACACCAUUUAGUUCAUACUGGGGAGAAACCAUUCACCUGCUCAGACUGUGGGAAGGGAUUUACUCAAUCAUCUCUACUACUGGCACACAAGUCAGUUCACACCGGGGAAAGUCCAUUCACCUGCUCUGAAUGUGGGAAGGGAUUCACUCAGUCAUCUAACCUACAAACACACCAGCGAGUUCACACGGGAGAGAGGCCUUUCAGCUGUUCUGUGUGUGGAAAGAAAUUCACUCAGUUAUGCAACCUGCAGACACACCAGUCAGUUCACACUGGGGAGAGGCCAUUCAUCUGCUCAGACUGUGGGAAGGGAUUCCUUCGGUCAUUUCAACUGACGGCACAUCAGCGAGUUCACACUGGUGAGAGGCCAUUCGCUUGCUCUGAAUGUGGGAAGGGAUUCACUCUUUCAAUUCAUCUGAAGGAACAUCAUAAAGUUCACACAGGAGAGAUGCCAUUCACCUGCUCAGACUGUGGGAAGAGAUUCACUCGGUCAUCCCACCUGCAGGCACACCAGCGAGUUCACACUGGGGAGAGACCGUUCACCUGCUCAGACUGUGGGAGGGGAUUCAUUCGGUCAUCUCAACUGAACGAACAUCAGCGAGUUCACACUGGAGAGAGGCCGUUCACCUGUUCUGAAUGUGGAAAGGGAUUUACUCGGUUAUCCCACCUGCAGACACACCAGCGAGUUCACACUGGGGAGAAGCCAUUCAUCUGCUCAGACUGUGGGAAGGGAUUUUCUCAGUCAUCUCAACUGAAUGAACACCAGCGAGUUCACACUGGGGAGAGACCGUUCACCUGCUCUGACUGUGGAAAAGGAUUCAUUCAGUCAUCUCACCUACAGACACACCAGUCAGUUCACACUGGGGAGAAGCCAUUCAUCUGCUCAGACUGUGGGAAGGGAUUUUCUCAGUCAUCUCAACUGAAGGAACCAGCACCAAUGACAGAAGAUGUACUAGAAGAACAAUCAGAGGUAUUAGCCAAACUGGGAACUUCAGCUGAAGGAGCACAUCUGCGUGCUAGAAUGCAGAGUGCUUGUUUGUUGUCAGACAUGGAAUCCUUCAAGGCUGCAAAUCCAGGCUGUUGUUUGGAAGAUUUUGUGAGGUGGUACUCUCCACGUGAUUAUGUUGAAGAAGAAUUCACUGAUGAAGUAGGUGACAAGGUUCUCAGGGGAGAGUUGAGUGCCAGAAUGAAAAUCCCUGGUAACAAGUGGGUGGAAGUAUGGGAAACAGCAAAGCCAACUCCUGCUCGACGACAAAGGCGUCUUUUUGAUGACACAAGGGAGGCUGAGAAGGUCCUUCACUAUUUAGUUGGUUUGAAGCCUGCAGAUUUGACUAGACACUUACUGCCUUGUGUCUUGCAUGCAGCACUGCUGAAGAUUAAGGAUGAAGGAAAUAAUUAGUCAAAUAAUAUCUGCAGAAGCUAUUAUUGCAAGAUCACGAUCACUCCAAGCCAAGUUUGGAAUUAAGAAACACGAAAAGGACGAUGAACAUGUGGAAUUGGCAAGGUUUGUGAGCUGUCUUUUAGACCAGCCAGAAGUGCUUGUAAAUGGAGCAGGAGGAGGGCCUACAGGGAACACCAUUUACAAACUAUUUGUUAAUGCACAGAGGCUUUCUGAAUCUACUGAAGAGGCUCCAACUCUGAGUCCAGUUGAUGAUGAACCCGUAAAGCAAAGUUCUACUGAUGAGCACAAAUCAAGCCCAGGAGCAGCAUCAGAAUUUCCUCUGCCAACUGGACGAGAAAUAAUUCUUCGGACAACUGUGCCUCGCCCUGCUCCAUACUCAAGGUCUUUACCACAACGCAUGUACUGUGUUUUGUUAAAAGAUGAAUUCCGUCUAGCUGGUGCGUUUUCAUCCGACACGUCAUUCUUCUGAUAUAGAUAAUUUAAUUAAAAUAUGAUCAUUCACAACUACUUUGGUGUCGUUCCUACAUUUUACACACUUUAGUAAAUAAACAUGCUUUAGCUGAAGUUGCUAAGUUUCUCAAAGUUAAUCUAGUACUUCAUUAAUAUUCAAGGACAUGCACACUAGCAGUGAUUCUGGUAGAAUUUCACAAUAGAAAGAACUUGACAAAAGCAGAAGUGUUUGAACAAUGUUUCAAAACAAAAGUAACUGUAGUUAUAUAUGAUCAAAUGUAAAAUGUUACUUAUAAACUUAACUCUGUAUUGAAUAUGUCUGACAGUCAUUACUUCAUUGAAUGGUCUGCUGAGUGCAGGACAGAACUUACUGCAGUCCUGGAGAGAGUUUGGAAUGGCCACAAAAGAUCCCAGCUUGUACCUUGUAUUCAACAGUAGUAUAAGUUUUCUGGUGUAGGUGCUUUAAAAUAUUUUUAUUGCAUCAAUAAAUCAUACAAAUUACGAAUAGUAUUGUAGUCAAAAAUGUGGUUACAAUUCAGUAAUAGCAAAAAUGUAUUACCUCUGCAGAGCAGAAUUAUUUGUUAUUUUAAUUUACAAAAACAAUGUUUGUUCAACAAUUGAGCCCAAGUUGAGGCUCAGACCACCUUUAGUUUGAUGAAAAGUAAACCUCUACCUGCAUCCACAGCAAGAACACACAAAAGAAGGUAAGUUGCAGUGAAUUUUUGGCUACUCAGACUCUGUUUAACCAUGUGUAAUCACAAUGCAUUUUUUAUCCUUUGGAAUAUUCAUGUUGCUCACAAGGAAUUUGUUCUCUUUCACAAUAUUGUGUAUAAAAUGAUGAGAGGCAUUGAUCGUGUAAAGGAUGACUGGAGACUUAUCCUGAUUGCAGAGGCUUUAAUAAAGAUGG